GGUAAAAUGAUUGUAUCAGACGCAGACAUAGCUCAGAACUCUACAGUUGAAGAGGAGCCAAAGCUUAACUUUUACCCAAACAGGCUAGGAGCGAUAUACCCGAGCAAAGGUUGCUAUAUUGAUCAUGACACCCUUGAGGAUAACAUGUUCGUAGAUAUAGAGUUCUCCCACCUAUCUAAGGAAGAAACUACUCAGAUGGUUCAGGGCGAGUUUGAUAAGUUUGUCUCUCAGUUGAAAAAGAAUGGAAUCCAAAUAGAAAUGUUCGAACAAGAAACAGAUGCUCCAGAUUCUGUCUGUACAGAUUGGUUCAUGACCGUUAGAAACGAGCUCUUCCCUAAAGGGGUACUUAUUCUUGGGGCUAUGAAGAACAAACAGAGACGAAGAGAGAGGUCACAAAAAUUAAUAGAUACUCUUGAAGGGUACUAUGAACAUAUUAUUGACUUGAAAUUUUAUGAAGAGCAAAAUCUUGCCCUAGAACUGCAAGGAUCGUUAGUGUGAGACUGGAAGAACGCAAAGAUUUACUGCUCACUAUCAACCAGGUCAGAUAUUGCUCCUUUUGAAUACUUAAUAGAGGAAUUAAACAAGAUCUCCCAGUUGAAUACAGGAAAAGAGAUCAAAGGAAUCUCCUUUACUAGUCAUGAUUGGGAUGACAACCAGAUUUACCACACUGAUAUUAUGCUUGCCAUACUUGAUAAGCAUAUCUUGAUUUGAAGUGAUAUGAUUAAGGAUGAAGAUAAGAGACAAGUAAUCCUUGAAGAGCUCUCCAGUCCUGAGCUUAAUGACAAUCCACGUGAAAUAAUCACCAUUUCAGAAGAAGAGUGUCUUAAUAUGUGAGCGAAUGUCAUUUUUUGCAAGGACAAGAAUGAUAACAGCUGAGUUAUCAUGAGUGAGAGAGCUAUGAUAAAUUAUCAUAGAGAAAAUAGGAGGGAGAUCAAAAGAAACUAUAAAGUAAUCAAAGCCGAUUUGAGAGUGUUGGAAAAAAUCUCAGGAGCCUCUGCCAAAUCUCUCCUUGCUGCCAUUAACUAAUUUUGUGAGAAAAUAGUUU